AGUUAAUGGGUACUUGUGAUUAAUCAAAACCUAUAGUUAUAAAACUAGUUAUUAUAAUAUAAUUUUAUCAGUUACAAGUUAAUAUUUGCAGAUAACUGUAGUGUUUCAUUAAGCCCAGAAACGAGAAAAAUGACCAUCCGAUGGGGUAUAGUAUCUGCGGGGAAGAUUAGCAAUGAUUUUGUAAACGCUUUAAAUUCAUCUCCUGAUAAAGGAGAUCAGAAGAUAGUGGCUGUGGCGGCCCGAGAUCGAGAGAAAGCUAACGAGUUUGCUCAAAUCCAUAACAUUAUGCUAUCGGGUACUUACGAGGAUAUGGCGCGUUGUGCUGAUGUUGAUGUAGUCUACAUUGGGGCCUUAAAUCCUUAUCACUAUCAGCUCACUAAAUUGUACUUGGAGCAUGGCAAACACGUUCUUUGUGAGAAACCCUUUGGAAUGUCAAGUGAUGAAGUCAAGAAGCUUGUGGAUUUGGCUAAGAAGAAGAAUCUGUUUUUGAUGGAAGCAGUGUGGUCCCGCUGCUCUCCUGCUUACCUUGAAAUGGAGCAAGCCAUUCAAGAUGGAUGUAUAGGAGAAGUGAAGUUUUUGGAAGUCAAUUUCGGUUUCUUUAGUAACGCCGAGAGAAUUCACAAAAAAGAAUAUGGCGGCAGUGCAGUUCUUGAUAUAGGAGUAUACGUGCUGCAGUUUGCACAGUUCGUGUUUAAAGCAACUCCAGAAAAGCUGACUGCUAUUGGUAACCUGAAUGAACAUGGGGUGGACUAUUCUGAAACUAUCAUUUUGGAGUAUAAGGGCGGCAAACGGGCAGUUCUAAACACUCAUACGCAGUUGGAACUGUGUAACAGGGCCACGGUUUAUGGAACUAAGGGACGUAUAACGUUGGAAGCCCCAUUUCACUUCCCAACCAAAAUGGUUAUGCGCACUGAGGCAGGUGAAACGGUCAAAGGAUUUGAACUGCACGCAUCGAAAUUACCAUAUAACUUCGAAAAUAGCGCAGGACUUGCGUAUGAGGCGAUAGAAGUCGCAAACUGCAUCAAAAAAGGUCUUAAAGAAUCACCUCGGAUGACCCACAAAGAAAGCAUUCAGUUGGCAGAACAAGAGGACCUAAUUCGAAAGCAAUUGGGCGUCUCUUUUGACUGAAUAUUUGAAUAAACUAUAUUGUCAUAUCAUCAUAAUAUAUAUUAUCUACAUUUGCUUGUUGCACAAA